UUUAAUGGCUGCUAUUAAUUUUCAUAUUUUGUUUCUUGUUUAUUUAUCUAAUUGAUGUUUCUUGUUUAUAAUUUAUCUCAAAUGUUGAAGCUAAGUAAAAUAUGGUUGGUAGAGGUGGAGCAAAGAAUGUGGGAAGUCGCAACAAUGAUGGAAAAGCAAGUGUUGGAGGUAAUCGAGAAGUUUUGGGAAAAAAAAAUCCGAUUCUAGUUCAGCGCAAUCAGAAUUUUGUCCCGAGAUUACGGACUCUUGCAAAUCCACCUCAAAUUGAUGAAAAUUGUGAGUCGACGGCUCCCAAUAAUAGAGUUACCUUACAUGAGGUCGGCCACCUUGAUAUUGAUAUGGAAAAUCCAAAUAUGAGCAAUGAUUUGUCUGGAUUUAUUUCAUCAAAUGAAGAUGUACCUCCACAACUUGGAAAGAGGAAAAGAACGAACAAGUUGAACACAAGGAUCUCAAAGGCUUUAGAAGCAAAUGUUGUCGUGCAAGAUCAGCCUAUCCAAAGAAGGGAAGAGUUGAAUGCCCAAAAUGGUCGAAAUACUAACCGACAGCGUGAUAACCAAGCACUAGGAGGGAACAAUGGUUCAGCACACUCGACAGUUAAUGACGACACUCCUCAGAAUGGUGAAGGGGAAAAUACAAAAGUUACGUAG